AUGCUUCCCUCACAUUUCUCAUACUCACUAGUAACUAGAUCUGUUUCAAUGUCGUUCACUGAUAUUUUAGCAGGCGACAUAGCCCCGGAGCUCCUGAAGCUGCUCGUUCUGGUAGCUAGCACAGUGUACGGCUGCAAAGGAAUCGCGGAACGACUCAUCACGUUGAUCAGCGACGUCCAACCAACGAUCAGAGAGAUCCAAUACAGUGGCGUGGAGCUGAACCAACAUCGCCAAACUCAACUUCGUAUAUUCUUCGAGAUCUUGGAGAAAGCACGGAAGCUUAGCGAGAAAGUUUUAAGAUGCAAACGUUAUAACCCUAAACACAUAUACCACGCGAACAAGAUGAAGGAACUCGAGAGGAAGAUAACUCGUUUCCUUAGCACUUCUGUUCUCGCCAAUAUCCUCGCCGACGUGAAUGAUGGCCGUGUCAUCUGCGAAGCGGGGAUUGAAAGGGUUGAGAGGAAAUGCGAUAGGCUUAUUGAGAGGAUCGACUCUUUGUCUUUAGCGGAGGCGAUGAAGAGAGCGGAGGCUACGGUGGAGAUGGAGACGGAGGUUGAUCCGGCGAUUCAGAGGGAAGGGUUGGACUUGGGGAAGAGGGAGAUGAAGGAGAUGAUGUCUAAGUUUGCUGAUGCUCCUCUGUUUGGGAUCUCAGGGAUGGGAGGUUCCGGGAAGACCACUCUUGCACAAGAGAUUUUUAGAGACGAUGAUGUUCGAGGACUCUUUGAGAACAGGGUUUUGUUUUUGACUGUGUCACGGUCUCCGAAUCUUGAUCAUCUGAGGCUUCUUAUAAAGGAGUUUCUUGAUGAAGGAGUUCAGGGAAGGAAGCUAGUGAUCCUUGAUGAUGUUUGGACAAGAGAUUCCUUGGACAAGCUGAUGUUUAAGAUUCCUGGAAGCACAACUCUUGUGGUCUCACGGUGUAAGCUCGCGGAUCCAAAAACCACCUACAAUGUUGAGUUACUAAAGGAAGAUGAGGCAAUGUCCCUCUUUUGUAUCUCUGCUUUCGGGGACAAGUCCAUGCCUUCCCCGUUCAGCGAAAAAUUAGUCAAACAGGUUGUUGAUGAGUGUAAAGGUCUACCUUUGUCUCUGAAAGUUCUUGGUGCUUUGUUAAAAGACAAGCCUGAAAGAUACUGGGAAGGUGUAGUGAAGAAGUUAUCAAGAGGUGAAACUGUUGAUGAAACUCAUGAGAGUAGAGUGUUUGCUCAUAUCGAAGAAAGUCUAGAAACCCUAGACCCGAGAGCUAGAAAGUGUUUCUUGGAUCUGGGUGCUUUCCCUGAAGACAAGAAGAUCCCUCUCGAAGUUGUCACCAACAUGUGGGUUGAGUUGCAUUAUAUCGACGAGGAAACUGCUUUUUCAAUUCUUGUUGACUUAUCAGACAAGAAUCUCCUUACUCUUGUGAAAAACCCUAGGCUUGGCGCUUUGUACACUGGCUACUAUGAUAUAUAUGUAAAGCAGCACGAUGUUCUGAGAGAUGUGGCCAUUUAUGUGAGCAAUAAGGUGGAAGUAAAUAGGAGAGAGCGGCUAUUGAUGCCUAGAAGAGAGCCAAAGCUUCCCAGAGAAUGGGAAGGGAAUAAUGAUAAGCCAUUUGAUGCCCGAAUAGUCUCCAUUCAUACAGAGGAAAUGAAUGAAAUGGAUUGGUUUGAUAUGGAACUCCCUAAGACAGAAGUUUUGAUACUGAACUUCUCUUCAGAUGAGUACACAUUCCCACCGUUUGUUUGUAAGAUGAGUAGGCUGAGGGCGCUUGUGGUAAUCAAUAACUCUAAUACUCCUGCGUUUCUACAUGGCUUCCCUCUCUUUACCAAUUUGGACAAACUGAGGAGUCUCUGGCUCGAGAAGGUUCACGUUCCUGAACUAUUCAGCAGCAGCAGUGUUCCGUUGAGAAACCUACAGAAGAUGCAUCUGAUCCUGUGUAAGAUCAACAACAGCUUUAAUCAGACGGCUACUAGGAAUAUCUUCCCAAGCUUGUCUGAUCUCACAAUCGAUCAUUGUGAUGAUCUUGUGAAACUACCAUCGACCAUUUGUGGGAUGAGCACUCUCAACUCUGUCAGCAUAACAAACUGUCCGCGCAUUCUUGAACUGCCCAAGAAUCUGAGUAAGUUACGGUCCCUUGAACUUCUAAGGCUAUAUGCUUGCCUGGAGCUGGAAGCCUUACCUGAAGAAGUCUGUGAGCUUCCGUGCCUAAAGUACCUUGACAUUUCUCAGUGUGUCAGCAUGGAUUCUCUUCCUCAAGAGAUUGGAAAGCUAAGUACACUUGAAAAGAUUGACAUGAGAGAAUGUGGUGUAUCGAGUCUACCAGGUUCUGUAAAUGCACUCAAGUCUCUACGCCAUGUGAUUUGCAGCGAGGAGGCUUUGUCUAUGUGGGAAGAGGUCAAAAAGGUGGUUCCAGGACUUUGCACUGAAGCCGCUGAACAAAACAUCAGCUUGGAUUGGCUUUAUGAUUAGGCUCUUUUGAUCUCUCAAAAUAUCCUCUUGUAUGUAUCAUUGCUCAUCAGAGCAAGUUAAGUGUACUUUGAAAGCUCUCUCCAUAUA